AUGCUCUCAAAGAUGCACGAUCUCGAGCUCUCAGCCUCGUGCCAGCUCAUGACCAUACCUAAAACGAUCCGAUUGAUCAGGAUCGUUUCCACCACACCGCACGUAUGCUGCGAGUUUCGCGUUGUAUUGCUCGAAGAUCAGCCCGUCUUCAGUGCGCUUUCUUACAUGUGGGGUGAUCCGAACAACCAAGAUACUCUUUUCGUCGAUGGUUCAUCCGUAUCGGUCACGGACGUCGAGGGAAAAAAUUACCAGGUGCCACUCAUGGAGGGCAUUUACUCGAGCGCAUGCACGGUAUUCGCAUGCUUAGGUGGCACAGUACCUGAUUAUAGCUCCGGGAAAUCAGUAGCUCUAGUCUAUCAAGAAUUCGUUGCUGGCUGGUUUCUUGCUCUUGCCAAGGACUUGGAGGAUGGCCCAAGGUUUCUGUAUGAUUUGUGGUUCCUAGAGUUCUCCGGCUUUGGUGGCUUAUUGAAUCGUAUCUCUGGCUUGCCCUCAUGGGCUCCGAAUUUCGCGGGUGUUGCAAAUUCGGACGGCGUCAGCUUCCAUGUGCGAAGUUACAAAGCUGUCAAGAAGAUCCCUAGCGACGAACUGACUAUGCAACGGGAUCAUUUGAAAUACUCACCACUCGCACUGCUACACUCUUAUGAUAUGGCACUCAUCAUAUUCUGUCGCAAGACACCAUCUUCCUCCCAGAUUUUCGACGUGUAUCUACGACUAUUGAUCGCCGAUCUUGAUUUCACUAACGAUGAAAGUAGUCCUCUAUGA